AGGAAAACAGCCAGUUGGUGGGUUGGGCUGUACCCCUGCAGUUGGCUUACGUACAUUUCAAAUCAAGUUGACAUGAUUAUUUGAACCAUAUGUGCAAAUAUACGAACUUUCCAGAAUGAGUUAGAAGUAUUGCUUCGUGUGUGCCAGUGCACCUAAACAUGGGUAUUUUCAGUGCCCACGUCCUUCUGCUUCUUCUCCUGCAGGCUCUGCAGACAUCAGCUGAGGACUCAGAUGGACAUCUAUUGUGUCUUUGUGAAGGCCCAAAAUGUCCCCAGGCCACACAGUGCCACGGUACCCAGUGCUUCUCUUCUGUUAAAGUUAGUAGCAGUGAGGUUGUUUUUGAGCGUGGCUGUUUGAAGGGACCAGAGAAAAUCCGUCUGCAGUGCUCCACAGCUCCGUCCUCCUACCAGGCCAUUCUCUGUUGCUCUCAAGACAGGUGCAAUGGCAACACCAACAGGACCUCGCUUAUGUCUCUUCUUAAAUCAGCUCCAGAAGGUGAACCAGUUCGGUAUCGUGUGGAGACACUAGCUCUCUUUGUACUUGGCCCCGUGGUAGUUUUGGUUCUUCUGUCUGUGGUGUCUGUGCUGGCCUGCAGGAGGCUUCACCAUGGCCGCCUUCAGAGGCUGCAGGAGUUUGACACAGAGCAGGGAGCCAUAGAUGGUCUCAUCACCUCCAAUGUUGGAGACAGCACUUUAGCAGACCUCUUGGAUCACUCGUGUACAUCAGGCAGCGGUUCAGGUCUUCCUUUCCUUGUCCAGAGAACUGUGGCCAGGCAAAUUAGUUUAGUGGAGUGUGUAGGUAAAGGACGGUAUGGAGAGGUGUGGCGAGGCCAGUGGCAGGGGGAAAAUGUAGCUGUGAAAAUCUUCUCCUCCAGAGAUGAAAAGUCUUGGUUCAGAGAAACAGAGAUCUACAAUACAGUGCUGCUGAGGCAUGAAAACAUACUGGGGUUCAUGGCGUCAGACAUGACAUCUCGAAACUCCAGCACUCAGCUGUGGCUCAUCACUCACUAUCAUGAAAAUGGUUCACUUUAUGACUACUUGCAACGAGUUGCAGUGGAGACGUCGGAGGGCCUGGCGAUGGCAGCAUCAGUGGCAUGCGGCCUUGUGCACCUGCACACAGAAAUCUUUGGCACAGAGGGGAAACCAGCCAUCGCACACCGGGACUUAAAGAGCAAAAAUAUCCUGGUGACCAAGGAGCUGCGCUGCUGCAUUGCAGACCUCGGGCUGGCUGUGACCCACACACAGGCAGACAACCUGCUGGAUGUGGGCAACAAUCCGAAGGUUGGCACCAAACGCUACAUGGCACCUGAAGUGUUGGAUGAAACCAUUCAGACAGACUGCUUUGAUGCCUACAAGAGAGUGGACAUAUGGGCGUUUGGACUGGUGCUGUGGGAGAUAGCAAGGCGCACAUACAGCAACGGUAUUGUUGAAGAAUACAAACCUCCGUUUUACGAUCAGGUGCCAAAUGACCCCAGCUUUGAGGACAUGAGGAAAGUGGUGUGUGUGGAGCAGCAGAGGCCUUUCAUUCCUAAUCGUUGGUUCUCAGAUCCUACCCUCUCUGCGCUGGUAAAACUGAUGAAAGAGUGUUGGUACCAGAACCCCUCUGCAAGACUUACAGCCUUGCGCAUCAAGAAGACCAUUGACAAGAUUCACAGCUCCCUGGAGAAGGGCAAGGAGUCAUGAGAGGGAGAGGAGUCCCGGAGGCAACUGCAGGGAUUCGUUUAAACAGGAGGCCGGCUCUUGUAAAAAAAAAAAAAAAAAACAAGACCAUUAGAUGAUCAGGGGGAGCAGAGGACUAGAAAAAAAUUGCUUCAGAGUCAUACAACGUCAUCCUUCUCGCUCUCACUUAGUCAGUGGUUGCCUUCCACUGACAUCCCUCUGUUUUGACUUGAAGUCCACACAGACAUUUGGAGCUGUUGUGUCUGAUUAAGCCAGCUUUUGCUGUGGGACAAAAACCAGUUAUCACUGUGUUCCCACUGACCUGAACUGUGGACUGUUACUGAGUGUGAAUGGAUGGCAUAUUGUAGUACCCCAUCACAAUGCUUUAAAUACCUACCUUUGAUUGCUCUGGGUUUGGCCUUCAUUCACACACCAAACACUACAUACUGAGCAUCUCUUGCAAUUCAGUUGCUGAUCUCCAGCCAGCGUUUUUGGCAUGCAGAUGUGGCUUUCUACUCAGAGACAAUCAAAAAUACUCCUCAUUAAGCUUUAUUAUAACAUGCCAACUAUCGCCACAAAAACACUAAACAUUCACUUACAAAAGGAAAAGGGCCAAUAGAAUCAAACUUUGUUUAAAUCUUUUUUUUUUAUAGUAUAUUUAUUAUGUGUUGAAUUUACACUGCUGAGCUAGAGGCUGUUGUAUGAAGAUGUGUGAAACUGACUGUAAACGUAUAUAGGCAUUAACUCUACAUGACCUUCUAUACCCUUAUUGUCACUAUCAGUAGGAUAUUGUUUAAGAAAUGUUUGAAAAAGUAGGAAAAUAGUUCCAGCUGAGUUUAUUUGGGGAAGAAAAACUACACAGGCUUAAACACUAAUGGCAUAUUGUAAAUGCAAUGGUUCAUGAAAAGAGACGCUAGUUUUUAUCAAUAGGACUUUUUCUGUUUCUCAAAAUAAGAAUAUGGGACGAUCUGAUUCUCUCUGUUUACCAUACUUUCUAAAAUGUGAAAGUUCUGACCAAGCUGAAAGGAAUCAGCUUGUUUGUAAAGCUAAUGUGCCCCCCUUUUUCUUUUUAAUGAUAGAGGCAAGUUCUUUAUGUAGCGAGCUGCUCUUAUCCAGUAAUGCCACACUGUACAAGUUGCCUGAGUGAUGAAAACUGAAACACUUCAUCUGGAAACUAUUUUAUUGAAAACUGGUUUGAACACUUAAGAAAUUGCCUAGAUGUACAAAUGAAUUAGUUCACAAGUGCUGGCUUUGUUUUGGAAAAAAAUGUUGCUUCAUCUUUUUUAUAUGUAAUAAAACAUUUACUGCA